UCCUGCGGCGAGGCCUCUGGAGCGACCCGGCGCGGCCUCUGGAGCGACCCGGCGCGGCCUCUGGAGCGACCCGGCGCGGCCUCUGGAGCGACCCGGCGCGGUUGGAUCUUGUAGCCUGGGGGAUUCGUGCACUUUCCGCCGACGGGAGCUGUUCUCUCUGGGGUUUUCUUAUAUGCCUGUUUUUCUCAAAAUGAAUGUUAGUUUCACCUUCUUAAGACCUUUUGCUAGAUUUUUGGUGCCAUUUACCCUUCAGAGGAAGACAAAUGGUGUAUAUUCAACAAUUCUACAGAGAUACAUGUCUUCCAAAAUACCACCUGUGCCCUGUCCUAAUAAGGAGAGUACAUCACCUCCUGAACAGCUGGAAUUGGAUGGGUGGAAAAUUACAAUGAAAUCUAGUGUGCAAGAAGAAGGUGCUUCAACAGCCUCAGACAGCAAAGAUGAAGACCCUGUAGCUGCCACAAGAGAAUUAAUCGAGAUGUGGAGAUUGCUCGGUAGAGAAGUACCAGAACACAUCAGUGAAGAAGAUCUCAAAACCAUUAUGGAAAGUCCUUCUAAAUCAUCUAAAAGGAAAUACUUAAAAUACUUGUAUAUCAAGGAAAAAAUGAAAAAAGCUAGGCAAAUAAAAAAGGAAAUGAAAGCAGCAGCAAAGGAAGAAGCAAAAACAGACAGAACCACUGAGGAAAAUAAACAGCGGGACUUUCUAUUUCUACGGCUUUGGGAUAGGAAUAUCGACAGUGCAAUGGGCUGGAAGGGUGCACAGGCCAUGCAGUUUGGACAACCUUUAGUUUUUGACAUGGUUUAUGAAAAUUAUAUGAAACCAAAAGAACUGCAGAAUGCUGUUUGCCAACUUUUAGAAAGCGAAGGAUGCAACAGAAGAAAUGUUGAUCCUUUCCAUAUUUAUCUCUGCAAUCUUAAGACAGAUGGUGAUUAUUACAGAGAAUUGGUUAAACGUUAUAGAGAGAGAUGGGACAAAUUGCUUUUAACUGCAACAGAAAAGUCUCAUGUAGAUUUAUUCCCAAAGGAGGAUAUUAUCUAUUUAACUGCAGAUUCUCCCAAUGUUAUGACCACUUUUAAGCAUGACAAAAUUUAUAUCAUUGGGUCUUUUGUUGAUAAGAGUAUGCAGCCAGGUGCAUCCCUAGCCAAUGCAAAACGGCUGAAGCUGGCAACAGAAUGCCUUCCAUUAGAUAAAUAUUUACAGUGGGAAACUGGUACGAAAAAUCUCACCUUAGACCAAAUGAUGCGUAUUUUGUUAUGCGUGAAAAACACUGGUAGUUGGGAAGAGGCUCUGAAGUUUGUUCCCAGGAGGAAACAUACUGGCUACCUGGAGAUUUCGCAGUAUUCUCAAGAGUUUCUCAACCAGUUAAAGAAGCCAAAGACUUUUAAUCCAUUUCCAAAAGGCUCCCUAAAUGUAUGCACAAAGAAAAGGUGACUUGAGUGAUAAAGCUCGAUACUUUAAGAAGUAAGUGGAUUGGAAAUAAAGUUCUAUCAGUGUAUUUCUUCCUGAGUGGAAUUUGCUUGGUCUUUCUUUUAAAGGUAGUCUCUCCAAACUAACUGCAGUAUUGCAUCUUUUCCCAAUUAUUUAAAUAUCUGCAAAACUUAGGAAAUAUGUUUUAUUUACUGUUAAAAAAAAAUAAUGUGAAAAAGUAAAAAAAAAAAAGUCCCAAGU